AUGCACGAAGUUGGAUUGACGUGGGAUCUCAAUUCCUUCACGCAGCUCGUCCUCACUCUCUUCCUCCUCUCCUUCGGCCUCCUCUUCUUUGUCAAACGAACGGCGGCCAAGUACUUCGAGGUCGACGGCGGCGGCGGCUCCGGCGGUUUCGACAGCGACCUCCGCCGAGAUUUCAUGGUUCCCGACGCGUCUGAAUGCUCCGUCUGCGGGAAUCUCACCACCAAGAAGUGCUCUCGCUGCAAAUCCGUUCGUUACUGCUCUGCGGAGUGCCAAAGGUCAGACUGGAACGCGGGGCAUAAACUAAAAUGCAAGGUGGUUAAGACUACUACUGGCUCAUCGCCGGGGAGAAGAGAUGAUCUCGGUUUGAAAGCUUCUCUGUUUGGGAAUGGCUCUGCGUCUAAGACUGCAUUGUCUCCUAAGCUGAGCCAAAUCAUCAAGCCAGGAGACCUUCUUUUCCCAUACGAAACCUUUGUUCAGUACUUCAACUGGGACAAACCUGGUUUGGCUCCUUGUGGGCUCACCAAUUGUGGAAACAGUUGUUUUGCUAAUGUGGUUCUGCAAUGCCUUUCCUGGACACGCCCUCUUGUUGCGUACCUACUAGAGAGAGGCCACAAGAGAGAAUGCAGGCGCAAUGAUUGGUGCUUUCUCUGCGAGUUUGAAACUCAUCUCGAAAGAGCAAACAUAAGCCGGUUUCCUUUUUCACCAAUGAACAUUAUUUCGCGGUUACCUAACAUUGGUGGGAAUCUUGGGUAUGGGAGACAGGAAGAUGCUCAUGAGUUGAUGAGGUUUGUGAUUGACAUGAUGCAAUCUGUUUGCCUUGAGGAGUUCGGUGGAGAAAAGGUGGUGCCUCCUCGUGCUCAAGAAACAACCCUUAUACAAUACAUAUUUGGCGGUCUCCUUCAGUCACAGGUCCAGUGUACUGUUUGCAGUAAUGUUUCUGACCAAUACGAAAAUAUGAUGGACUUAACCGUUGAGAUCCACGGGGAUGCGGUAUCAUUGGAGGAAUGUCUCGAUCAGUUCACAGCUAAAGAAUGGCUUCAGGGAGAUAACCUUUACAAAUGUGAUAGAUGCAAUGAUUACGUGAAGGCAUGUAAACGCCUUUCAAUCCGUUCUGCCCCUAAUAUACUUACAGUUGCCUUAAAAAGAUUCCAGGGUGGGAGGUUUGGUAAGCUGAACAAAAGAAUUAGUUUUCCAGAGACACUUGAUCUUGGCCCUUACAUGAGCUGUGGAGGAGGAGAAGGAUCAGAUGUAUACAAACUCUACGCUGUGAUUGUCCAUUUAGAUAUGUUGAAUGCCUCGUUUUUCGGCCACUACAUUUGCUACGUUAAGGACUUCCGAGGAGACUGGUAUAGAAUAGACGAUUCUGAGGUGGAGAAAGUUGAACUAGAAGAUGUCCUGUCUCAACGAGCAUACAUGCUUCUCUACAGCAGGGUUCAGGCCAGACCAUCAAGUCUUAGAUCAGAAGAAGUUCAAGACGAGAAGAAAACAGAUACAGUGGACACAGAGGCUAGCGAAGAUGGCUCUGUUGAGAGUUCCGGGGCGGGAACAAAUGGUGCCACUGUGUCUUCGAUGUGCAACGGCAUCAUCUCACAUUCAGAAAACCCUGAAUGCAAAAAAGAUUCAUCAUCUUCGGCAUCAUCCACUGUCUCUGAAGUUGCUGAAAGGGUUGAUACAGUAGAUUCUGGGUUUGAUACAGUAGAUUCUGAAUCAAACCCUUCUAUUGACAUAGAACAUGAUUCUGGAACAGAUCAUCAAGAAGCAGCAGUAGCAAAUGGGAAAGAAGAUCCAACGGUUGAAAAUCCGGCUGUUGAUUCUCCUUGUUCGGACAUUACUAAUUCAUCUCGGUCUGCUACUACAGAGUCCAAACACAGAGAGAAAGAGGAUUCAGACACUGAGAUGAUUGAUAAUGCUGAAUCUAUCCAAAAGGAUGGUGAAGAUCAGCAAGGGAGCUUCUAACUUAACAAUAAUGCUGGCAAAUUUGUUUUAGCCGCUGCGACUUGUUGUGCCUGAAGUUUACUUAGUCAUGUGUGAGAUAUAGAAACUUCAGGAUCCGGAAGUACGUAGUGAGUUAUUCUUUUGACUUUUAUUUGUCCUUUUAAAUAGAUUUUACCAUUGGACCCAAAACUCUUAUAGCAAGAACGAUUAAUGGAGGACGAACUCAGUGAUACCUUUGUGCUUGUUUUGGUUUGGAAAAUACAGAAAUCGAACUCUGGUUGUUGGACCGGUUAAAUA